AAGCGCAGGCCACGCCCUUCCGCGCGCGCGCAGAAGCGAGCACGCCCCGCCCACCGCGCCGCGCAUGCGCGCUGCCUUCUCAAGCAAAAGCCACGCCCCUUAAAGCCGUCCUGAUAAAGCGCAAGCCGCGCCUUCCCGGCUCUGCGCAUGCGCGCCACCGUCUCGGGCAGGCCACGCCCCCCUUUCCCCUCAGGCCGCGCGCGCGCGGGCGGGAAAGGAACCGGAAGCGGCCUCAGGAGCCCUCAGGGGCUGCGGGAGCCCCAAAAACCUCCCCGGGAGCCCCAAAACCCCACCGGGAACCCCCAAAAUCCCACCGGAAACCCCAGAAACCUCCCCGGGAGCCCCAGAAACCUUCCCGGGAACCGCUCGGGGCCUCCCCGGGACCCCCUCAGGAACCUCCGGAACCCUCCCGACCCUCUCAGGAGCCUCCGGAACCCCCAAAAACCUCUCCGGGACCCCCAGAAACCUCCCCGGGACCCCAAAAACAUCCCCGGGAGCCCCAAAAACCUCCUGGGUGCUGCUCGGCGCCUCCCAGGGAUCCCCUCAGGAACCUCCGGGACCCUCCCGACCCUCUCAGGAGCCUCCGGGACGCCCAAAAACCUCUCCGGGACCCUCCGAGGAGCCUCCGGGCCGCCCCCGGGAGCCGCCCGGGCCCCGGUGCCUCCCCGGUGCCGCCGCCAUGUCGGACUCCGGGCAGAGCCCCGCCCCCGGCGCGCGGCGCCGCUGCUGGAACCGAGAGAAGGAAGCGGAGGGAGGCGGAGAGAGGAGGGAGCUGGGGGAGGAGCCAGCGGGGACCCUGCAGAAGACGCCAAUCAUCCUGGCCAAGCCCCCGGCCGAGCGGCAGCAGCCGCCUCCGGCCGCCCCCAAGGCGGGGCCAGCGCAAGCCCCGCCCCCUCCAGCGCCGGCCCCGCCCAUCGUGCUGAUGAAAGCGCGGGGGGAGGAGGGGCGGGGAGGGGGCGGGGCAACAGUGGCCGCGGGGGAGGGGCCACCGCAGGCACCACCCACCGAGAGGGAGGGGCCACGCCCGACCCAGCCUGUCUAUCAACUGCACAGCCGGGGCCUGGCCCCGCCCGCUGCGCUGGACCCUGCCCAGGCCCAGGCGCGGCUGGCGGCGCCCGAGAAGAUGAAAACCAGCAUCAAACUGGUGGACGAGCAGAUGAACUGGUGCGACAGCGCCCUCGAGUUCCUGCUGGAGCAGACGGACGUGCUGGUGGUGGGGGCGCUGGGGCUGCAGGGCACCGGGAAAUCCACGGUGAUGUCGCUGCUGGCCGGGAACCAGCCCGAGGAGGACCCGCGCUCGUUCGUGUUCCGGCCGCAGCCGCCGGAGCUGCGCGAGAGGGGCGGGGCCCAGACCGGGGGCAUCGACCUGUUCGUCACCCAGGAGCGCGUGCUCUUCCUGGACACCCAGCCCAUCCUAAGCCCCGCCCACCUGGAUCACCUGAUCAACAACGACCGGAAGCUUCCGCCGGAGUUCGCGCUGCCGCACGCCUACGUGGAGACCCAGAUCGCCGCCUUCCUGUUCACCGUGUGCCACGUGGUGCUGCUGGUGCAGGACUGGUUCACCGACCUGGGGCUCUACAGGUUCCUGCAGACGGCCGAGAUGGUGAAGCCGCCGACGCCGUCGCCGAGCCACGACUCGAGCGGGGCCGGGGCCGAGGAGCCCUCGGAGUAUUACCCACACCUGGUGUUCGUGCAGACCCGCGCCCCCCCCGAGUGCUUCUCCCCGCGCCGCCUGGGGCAGAUGCAGCGCGUGCUCGGCCGCCUGAUGGCGCACUCGCGCCUCAAGUACCGCGGCUCGCUGUCCAUGCGGGAGCUGCUCCCCUCCCCCCCCGGGGCGCCCCCCGCCCCCCCCGAGCCCGAGGUGAACCUGUUCCUGCUGCCCCCCCUGGAGGAGGAGCCCGAGGACGCCCUGCCCCGAGGUGGGGGAGGGGCGCUGUUCCCCGCCCUGCCCCCCUUCCGCGGCCGGGGGGGGCUGGGGGGGCUCCUGGCCCGGCUGAGGGGGAGGGUCCUGGCGGCCGCGCGCUCCCAGUUAUCCCACAGCCUGCUGACCGAGAGGAACUGGUUCCAUUACGCCGCCCGCAUCUGGGACGGGGUGAAGAAAUCCUCGGCCUUGGCCGAGUACGGCCGCUUACUGGGCUGAACUGGGAGCACUGGGAGCCUCCCCCCGCGCCAAUAAACGGCCAAAACCGCCUCGUCUCGCUCUUAAUUAGCGCCGGGUGUUAAUUAAUUAAUUAAUUUCCGCCCUGAGGCUUAAUUAGGCCUCAUUUCCCUCACGGUGAUUGGAUUCUCGUGGCUCCGCCCCCUUUCCCCUCACGGCUUCCCGCGCUCGGAAAAGGGCGGGAGAACAACGCCACGUGACCAUAGA